AUGUACCAAAAGAAACAUGGAAGGAUUUUAUGUUGUCUUCCUGUCUUGGUUAAAGAGAUCAAGUUACCCUGGGUUAGUAGAACGUAUAAAGUAGUUGAAGAAACACCAGUUCAAUCUGUUAACAUUAAUGAGGAAGUAGAAAAAUCGAAGGCAUCGCCUCUAAAGGCGGAGGAAGAAAUUAAGAAUUUGCAAGAAGAGUUAAAAAGGGUCCGUCAAGCAUAUGAGGCAGCACAAAGUGAAAAUGAGAUUUCCCUUGAAAGAGCAAAGAAGAGAGCAAAAGUGGAGGAAGAAUGUAAGAUCAAAAUCCAGCACAAUCUACAAGUUUCUAAUGAACAAUUGAAAAAUUUGUUAAAGGUUUCAAAGAUAGCUGAAAUGAAUAUGCAAAGAGAGCUUGAGCAACUCAAGAAGGUGACAGCUGAGUACGAGAGUCAAGUCAAAUAUGAGAGGCAGCAAAAUGAAGAAAUGCAAGGAAUACUUACAGAGUACCAAGAUGCUCUAAGAAAAGCAGUGGAAGAUUUAAAAUGCAAACAACUAUCAUCUGGUGCAUUGGGCGGAGGAGCGGAAGUGUGA